UGAGCAAGGGGUGAGAUUAUCCGGAAUUGAUAGCGGUGGUGGGGGCCUUGUGGGUGUGUGCUGCACACCGAAGAUUGCCAAGAGUGGCCCGGCGGCUGACAGUGUGCAAGUGGACCCACCGGCAAUACAGCAGCUCUGACUGAGACCUUCCUUGGCCAGCUCAGGGUCCGCAAUGGAGGCGAUUUCCUCGUCGCACCCAAUCGACUUCACCCUGAAGUCGACGACGAGCGUCAACAACAACAACCUGGACGACUCGUCGUACAUCUACCAGAGGCACAGCAGCCCCAGCAGUUCGCCGAACAACAGCAGGUCGCCCAGCCCGGCGCCGCGCAAUUCGGCGCCACCUUCAGGGCUCAACCUGCUGCUUGGCAAGGCCAACUCCAACACUAGUGCUUUCAGGAUUGUCACCCCCAAAGGCAAAUGCGAUGACGCGACCAGCUCAUCGAGUCCAGGAACGGCCUCUUCGGCGGCCACCCCGGCGGCCGCCUCCCUUGCCGGCCUAAACUACUACAGUCGCCUGUGGGGCGCAGCUCCGCUGAUGAAAGAGAAGCAGACGGAGAGCCCGGCCGUGGAAGAAGCCUCGAGCAAAGAUCGCAUUACCUUUGGAGUGAGUCGCUUGGUGGACUCGCGGAAGAACCCUUCACCGUUUGAGGAAGAGAAACCGUCGUCGCCAUCUCCACCUCCCCCGACGAACAAAGCCGACUCAAGCAGCACCACCAACAGCAACAAAACCCGCGUGUGGCUCGGUGGCCGGGACACGCCGGACUCGAAGCCCAACGCGGUACAACCGGCGGCCAAGCACUCGGAGACGUUCAGCGUGAGCGCCCUUCUGAGCCGGCCCGACCCCGCGCGCAGGGUGCUGCCCGAUGUGGCUCGGCCCUUUUUCUACCCUGGAUUGGACCUGAAAGAGCAGUUCAUCCCGCGGCACUUCCCCCUGCUGGGCCUGGGCCUCUACGAGCGGGACGGCGGGGGCGGCCAGGCCCCGCCGCACUUCGGCUCGCUCUACUUCAGCCUGGCGGCGGCGGCCGCGGCCGCCUCGCAGCCGGCCGUCACGUCGCCCAACUCGACGGCCUCGCCAAACUCGACAGCGUCGUCCAACUCGCCCCCGGAGGCGGGGGCGGCCGCCCCCUACCACGAGGAGCUAUUCCGGCUGCGGCACCACUUCCACCACGCGAUGCAGCACGCUGCCGUGGCCGCCGCGGCCGCCGCAAUGGCCAACGGGCCGGGCAUGUCAGGCGCGUCCAAAGCGCAAGAGUCGGCGUCGGGGCUGCUGCGGCCCGUCGGGCCCCUGGGGGACGUGUAUUCGUGCAUCAAGUGCGAGAAGAUGUUCUCGACGCCGCACGGCCUCGAGGUGCACGCCCGCCGCUCCCACAACGGCAAGCGGCCCUUCGCCUGCGAGUUAUGCAACAAGACGUUUGGACACGAGAUCAGCCUCAGCCAGCACAGGUCUUGUUGUAGGGCUGUGCACAGCGUGGAGAAGAUUUUCGAGUGCAAGCAAUGCGGAAAGACGUUCAAGCGGUCGUCCACGCUGUCCACACACCUGCUGAUCCACUCGGACACGCGGCCCUACCCCUGCCAGUACUGCGGGAAGCGUUUCCACCAGAAGUCGGACAUGAAAAAGCACACCUACAUUCACACAGGCGAGAAGCCGCACAAGUGCACCGUGUGCGGCAAGGCGUUCAGCCAGUCGUCGAACCUGAUCACGCACAGCAGAAAACACACGGGCUUCAAGCCGUUCGCGUGCGACCUGUGCGGGCGCGCCUUCCAGCGCAAAGUGGACCUGCGGCGUCACAAGGAGACGCAGCACACGGAGCUGCGGCCAUAGCAGAGCGCAGCGGGGGCGGCCACCGUCCCCGCGGCCACGAGGGCGCCCGUGCAGCCCUCGAGCCAGCCGACGUGGAGCCCGUCGGCGCCGCAGUGGCCCGCGCCAAGGGCCCUCUCCGCAUGGGGGCCCAUCCCGAGCCGCAUGCCGUGGCCGGCCCCCGCCGGCCCCUUCCAGGCCGACGCUGGCCGCCCCGCCGGACCCCAGAGGGACCCCUGGUCCUCUGCCUAAGUGAUACAAACUGACUAGAACCAGUUCGGUUGAUUCGGGCCGAGGGCCCUUUGGGACUGCACGCGCAACGCAAACCAAAGAGUUAUUAUUAUUAUACGAUUGUAAUAUACUAUCGCUAUCGCCAUGUAAUGUCUAGCGCUAUUUAAUAGCAAACUCAAGACGGGGAGGCUUCGCUCGCCCGGAAAUUCUCAAUUGUUCAUUCCUGAUCGUUGGACUUGGCAAUUUAGUCGUUUUUUUUUAUUUUGCCUGAAGUUGACAUUUCAAAAACUAAUUUAUUAUGUAUUUCAAUAAGUGAGAAUAAACACCACUUUGAUUAUUAGGAAAACACACACAUUCCCCUCUUCAUUUUUUGUCUAAUAAAAUUUCUAAAUGGAAUGAGGACCUGAUUUUUAUUUAUAUAAAUCUCAAGUGGCUGUUUCGCAUUCCAGAGUAUCCUGCAAUUGGUGUUCAAAACUGCCUACAGAUUUCGCCACAAUUCAUGUUUAAUCACCAGCUGCCAUUAUGUUAUCUGAGUUUCAAUUUUGUUAGCUUUCUUGACGUGGAAGGAUUAAAUUAAAUGAUUUAAUUAAAUACAAAAAUUGGUUCAUCCAAUCGCCGUGGAAAUAUUUAUAAAUUAUUUGCCAAUCGCUGCAGAACCGACAGUUAGGUUUUCAAGAUUUAAAAUAUUUUCUUAAUGUGAUUUCUUAACCAGUUAUGGUUUUCAGCACAUUAAAUAAAUGCGGUUCAGGUCUAGAAAUCUGAAUUUUGAGUGAAAUGGACUGGUGCAAUCUGUAGGCGAGUUUGAACACUCAGCAUUAUUCUUGAAAAUUGCCUAUAGGGUGAUUUAAAGUAUUGUUUUCUGUAAGAAAAUGCAUUCAAUUUAUAUCACAUUUCCAUGAUUCGAGAGGAUUUGUUGUUAGUUGUCAUCCACGGAGCUAGGAAAAAAUCGAUAGUCGACCGACUAAAAUUGCCAAGUCUGCUUAUUGUUGUGACGAGCGAAUCGCCGCCUCGCUCUUCAUAGUGUGUAAAUACGAAUGAGUUGUCGCGGAUAAGUCAUUUUUGAUUAUCUCUCUCUCAUAUCGAUGUUCAAUGUGCGUCAGACAUGUUGUGUUGAAAUUAAUACUCCUAAAACUAUUCGCUCUAGUGGUGCACCGGGAAGGGUUGUAAUGGCAUCGGUAAUAAUUAAACGCAAUCAGGAUUGAUGGUGGAUGUAAUUCGAUCGACGGACGGUAAUGAUAUGAUUUCUCAUUGUAAAUUCACACAUUUGCCGCGAUCGCGCAUUUCAGCACGCAAAACGCUAACUAACUGUCAUUACUCGCCUCUGUUUUUUUAAAAUGUGUUUGUUGUUACACGUGAUUGCAAGGUUACAUUAUAGGUCUUUAGAGUGAAUUAUAUGAUUUGAGCUAACAUCAUUCCUGUUUAUAGCACUUGGAUGUAAAACUGUGGAUACAGGCUAUACUGUCAAUAUGAUGCCUACUUCGAUUUGUUUUAUUGAUUAUUAUUAUUAUACCGCAUUAAUCAUUAUGGGUGUUCUGUUGGCUGUUUCCGAAGGUUCAUUGCAGUAUUUUGUAAAACCAAAGGCACUUUUUGACAAAGUUCAUUGUUAAAAAUAUACGAUAAAAAAAGGAAUAAAUUAUUCUACGAUCAAAA